ACUUCGGUCCCUCCCCUUUUCCCCUCUGGGUCUGGGAGCGUUGGUGCUCUGGGGACCCAGGUGCCAGCCUGGAGAGGAGAGCGCAUCUCUGUCCGUUCGCUCCACCAUGGGCAAUGUCUCCAAUGCCUCCCGGCUGGUGGAGGACUGCGAGAGCCGUCAGUGGCUCCCGUCGGGCGAAAGUCCAGCCAUCAGCUCGGUGAUGUUCUCGGCCGGGGUGCUGGGGAACCUCAUCGCGCUGGCGCUGCUGGCCCGCCGCUGGCGCGGGGACACGGGGCGCGGCGCUGGGGGUGGUGGUGGUGGCAGGACGUCCAUCUCCUUGUUCCACGUGCUGGUGACCGAGCUGGUGUUCACCGACCUGCUGGGCACCUGUCUCAUCAGCCCGGUGGUGCUGGCCUCGUACGCGCGCAACCAGACCCUGGUGGCCCUGGCGCCCGGGGGCCGCGCGUGCGCCUACUUCUCCUUCGCCAUGACCUUCUUCAGCCUGGCCACCAUGCUCAUGCUUUUCGCCAUGGCUCUGGAGCGGUACCUCUCCAUCGGACACCCUUACUUCUACCAGCGCCGCUUCUCGCGCCGUGGGGGCCUGGCCGUGCUGCCCGUCAUCUACGCGGCCUCGCUGCUAUUCUGCUCGCUGCCCCUGCUGAACUACGGCGAGUACGUGCAGUACUGCCCCGGGACGUGGUGCUUCAUCCGCCACGGCAGGACCGCUUACCUGCAGCUCUACGCCACCGUGCUGCUGCUGCUCAUCGUGGCCGUGCUGGCCUGCAACUUCAGCGUCAUCCGCAACCUCGUCCGCAUGCACCGCCGCGGCCGGAGGAGCCGCUGCGGAGCCACGGGCGGCGGCGGCAGCUGCCGGGGAGGCCUUGGGUCCCGCCGGAGAGGGGACAGGACGUCCAUGGCGGAGGAGGCGGACCACCUCAUUCUCUUGGCCAUCAUGACCAUCACCUUUGCCGUCUGCUCGUUGCCUUUCACGAUUUUUGCAUAUAUGAAUGAAACCUCUUCCCGAAAGGAAAAAUGGGACCUCCAGGCUCUUAGGUUUUUAUCAAUUAACUCAAUAAUUGACCCUUGGGUCUUUGCCAUCCUUAGGCCUCCUGUUCUGAGACUGAUGCGUUCAGUCCUGUGUUGCCGGACUUCAUUAAGAGCACAAGAUGCACCAAAAACUUCCUCUUCUACACAGUCGAAUGCCAGUAAGCAGGCUGACCUUUGUGGGCAGUCAUGAGGAUGUGCUCUGCAUCUGGAAGAUCCUCUGGAAAUGAUCCUUGGAAAAAUAUGAAAAGAGUGUAAACAAAAUGAGACUACCCCAGUAAAAGCGAGUAAACAAAGUUUUACACAGUGGUUUGGGCUGCAGACGUGACGACAAGGCACUUCAUGAACGGUGUCAGAAGGAGCUAUAAAACCUACCCUCAGUGAGCACGUUCCAUGGCCUUUGAAGGGCAACCAGCCGCUUGAAGACCCAGUUGUCUUUUGAUUUAAGCCUUCCUGUUAAAUGACAAAGUGUGUGGUUUUGUAAUUUGUUUAAGACUCUACCUAGUCACUGUCCUGGUUUGACCUUCUAUGCUACUACUGUUAUAUAUGUGUGGUCUGACCAAAUAAAGCUUCAAGAAUCUUCUCUAGAGGGUUAAUAUGUGAAAGCAAUGAAGCAACAAAGUCAGACAAGCUGCUGUCUUGUGAUUGCUUAAUGGACCCUUUAUUUGGAUGUGAAGCUGAAAGUCAUGUGCGUCUUUCACUGUAAUGCCUGUGCAUCUGGACAAACUCUCAGGCACCCCAGCGCCACCCUUCCUGGGCUGAAUUAAUUUUGUUAAUGUCAGGUUGGUUCACUCAUCCUUUAGGAACUGUGUUAAAUUGUCAGAUUAUUUAUUCUAUAGUUUCUAUUGUGACCAUGUUAAGACUUCAGGAAUUUUCUUCUCAAAAGGAAAUAAUAAACAGGUUGUUAAUUCUGAUCAGUGUUCUCUGUUUCCAGGAGAGGAGGAUGUAUAUGGUCAUGUCUGAAGCCAAAUUUAGGAUCAAAAUCUAUAAAAAUCAAUUCAUUUUUCAGGUGCACUGGAACGUUUUUCUGAUGUUGAUAUUAGGGGCAUGAGUAACAUACUUUUAGCAGGAUGGCUGUGUCAUAGCUAAAUUCAUGUGUCUGUGUUUUUAUUUAAGGAAUAUGGCUUGACUCAUACUACAGAAAAAAGCAUGUAACAGUGAGUCAUAUCUUAAUAUAUUUCUAA